UUGCAGUCACAACAGUAGCUUCAUUCACUGCCUACAAAAAGACUCCUACCACACAAGACAGAACAAUGGUGUAUAACUGUACAAUGCUAGAUGACUUCCUGCUGAAGAACUACCUGACUCCCGCCUAUGCCCUGGAGUUUGCCCUGGGUUUCCCCAGCAACCUUCUGGUGGUUCUUGGUUACGUGUUCUGCCUGCCAGAGUGGAAGAGCACUAAUGUUUACCUGUUCAACCUCGCUGUCUCUGAUCUCAUCUUUCUAUGCACGCUGCCAUACCUCUCCUACCUGUACGCCACCGCCAAAUCAGAAUACAGCAGCUUCGGCUGCAUCAUCAACCGCUAUAUCCUCCAUACCAACCUCUACUCCUCCAUCCUUUUCAUGGUGUGGGUCAGCAUGGACCGCUUCCUGCUCGUACGACACCCAUCACGACUUCACUUCCUGUUGACCAAGAAGUCGGCCCUCUGCUUGUCUCUCAUGACCUGGGUGGCAGUUAACAUGCAGGUGGCCCCCCUAAUAUUCUACAUGGUCCAGGACAUGCAGAAAGGGAACUGGAGCUUAUGUAAGGACUUUGGGAGCCUGGGGGUUAUGGAGAACUUGCUGGGAUACAGCCUGGGCCUGACGGUGACUGGCUACCUGCUGCCUCUGCUGGGGCUUGGCUUCUUCAGCUACCACAUCAACCGGCUUCUCCGUGUCCAGGCAGAAGUGAUUCAGAGCACGGGGACAUCGUUCCGCAAGCCCGUACGGGUGGUCUCUGCUGUAGCGACCAUGUUUCUGGUACUGUAUCUGCCCUAUCAUUUGAUGAGGAAUGUGAGGAUAGCAUCGCGGCAUCCCUGGGCAGGGCUGUCUGACUGCCACAAGAUAUAUAUACAGAGUGCAUACAUCCUGACCAGGCCGGUGGCAUUCGUCCAUAGUGUUAUUAACCCUGUGUUCUACUUCUUCAUGGGAGACAAGUUCAGAGAGCUCCUAUUGGCAAAGAUCAGAGUCCUAGUGAGACAGCUAGAACAGAGGACAGAGACCUCAAUGUGAGAUCCACUCACUCACACAUACAAACAAACACACGGAAAAAUAUCAUGGUAUGUUUCAAGUAGUCAUAUGUGACGGCAGCGUAGCGUAGUGGUUAGAGUGUUGGACUAGUAACCGGAUGGUUGUGAGUUCAAACCCCCGAGCUGACAAGGUACAAAUCUGUUGUUCUGCCCCUGAACAGGCAGUUAACCCACUGUUCCCAGGCCGUCAUUGAAAAUAAGAAUAUGUUCUUAACUGACUUGCCUGGUAAAAUAAAAAAAUAUGUAACCAAUGUUUUGAUGUGCCGAUCUGCAGGGGAGGGGUCGAACCAGCCACGCUAAGCAUUUUUAUGUCUACUAUAUAAGACCUGAGCAUUUCUUGUAUUAUUGGGUUCACUACAAGUCAACUAUGAUUGGUCCUUGACCAGC